CUGACAGCGCCGAGGUGCGCCGAGUGGAGCGGGAAACAAAGGAGCUGAGUAGGGAGGGAGGGAGUUGGGCCAGGGAGAACCCCCGGCUGGCUGCCAGAAGAUCCCGACUGGAGGAAGCCCAAGUGUCACUUGAAUUCCAACCCAGAAGCCAGCGUCUGAGACCGGAGCACCUUGUUUAAGCAAUAGUGGUUGGAACACUCUCCUGUAAGUUACCAGAGCACUAGUUAAGGAGGAUCAUCGACUACCCUCCCGCCACUCCACGGCUGCUGGCUCCUAGAAACCCCAGCUUCACCCCUCGCUGGGACUCGAGUUUCAGAAUGAAAAGCAAGAAGGGUCUUGUUGCAGCGUCUGGCAGCGACUCUGAGGAUGAAGACAGCAUGGACAGUCCCCUGGACCUUUCCUCAUCCGCAGCCUCUGGCAAGAGGAGGAGGAGAGGCAAUCUGCCCAAGGAGUCGGUCCAGAUUCUCCGAGACUGGCUGUAUGAACACAGAUACAACGCCUAUCCCUCAGAGCAAGAGAAAGCACUGCUGUCGCAGCAGACACACCUGUCCACACUACAGGUCUGUAACUGGUUCAUCAACGCCCGCCGCAGGCUCCUCCCUGACAUGCUGAGAAAGGAUGGCAAAGAUCCAAAUCAGUUCACGAUUUCCCGCCGUGGGGCCAAGAUUUCAGAAGCUAGCUCUAUUGAAGCUGCAAUGGGUAUCAAAAACUUCAUGCCAACUCUAGAAGAGAGCCCGUUUCAUUCCUGCGUAGUUGGACCCAACCCAACCCUAGGGAGACCAGUGUCUCCCAAACCUCCCUCCCCAGGAUCCAUUUUGGCUCGCCCGUCAGUGAUCUGCCAUACCACUGUGACUGCCUUGAAGGACGGGCCUUUCUCUCUCUGUCAGCCAAUUGGUGUGGGACAGAGUACAGAUGUACCACAAAUAGCACCCAGCAACUUUACAGACACCUCUCUUGCGUACCCGGAGGACGCUUGCAAAUCUGGACCCAGUCCAAACCCUCAGAGUGGUCUUUUCAACACUCCUCCCCCUACUCCACCAGACCUCAACCAGGAUUUUAGUGGAUUCCAGCUUCUAGUGGAUGUUGCACUCAAACGGGCGGCAGAGAUGGAGCUUCAGGCCAAACUCACAGCUUAACCAUUUUUUCAAACAAAACAGUUCUCCAAAAUAUGGUCCUGAUUGCCAGGGGUGACGGCAAGAGAUGCAUUAUUAUUUUAUAUAUUUUUCUAUUAAUAUUUGCACAUGGGAUUGCUCAAACGAAGCUUCCUGUUACUGUCUUCAGUGGAAUAGAGUCAUUCCAAGAACUACAAACUAAAGCUACUGUAGAAACAAAGGGUUUUCUUUUCGAAUGUUUCUUGGUAGUUUCUCAUAAUGUGAGACGGUUCCCAGUAUCAUGUGAUCUUCUCCUCCCGAGUCCUCCUUUUUCUGUUUCCAAGACUGUGCAAUACUUUAGAAGCCCUCACACCUCUCUUCCCAUGUGGAACGUGACGCCCACAUACAGUCUAAUGAGUAAACUUUCAGUUUUUUGUUUGUUUGUUUUUUUGUUUUUUUUUUAGAUUCAAACAAGUAUGAAUCUAGUUGUUGGAUACCUUUUUUCAUGAUGUAAUAAAGUAUUUUCUUUAAAAGUUAU